AUGCAUUCUAGAGAUUGGUUCUUGGUUCUCCUCGCUAUUUUUGUUCCUCCAAUUCCGGUGGCUGUUAAGAGAGGUCUUUCGAUGGACUUACUCAUCAAUAUUCUUCUUUGUCUUCUUGGAUUUCUCCCUGGCUUGAUACAUGCCUGCUAUAUCAUUUCACUUUACCCUUACAAAGAAGCAUAUGCGGCAAUUGGUGGCGAUGGCCACGAUAACAGAGGAAAUUAUGGUGCUGUAUCUACCUGA